AUGAGUAGCACAAAAGGUGGAUUGGAAGUAGUUUUUCAUGAAGACUUGAUAAGAUCUGGAUAUCAGACAUUAAAGAUAAACUCGCAUAAAGGCGCUGUGCUCAUAUCCAAAGAUCCAUUUUACAAUCGACAUGUACCCAUGAGAUUUGUCUGCGGCAAGGCACCCCACCUAUCUAUUUUGUCGAUCGUGAAUGGUAACAGACCUGCGUCGGACACAUCUGAACACCACAUUCCACAGAUUACGGAAUCGUCGGAGCAAUACAAUUGGCAUGUCGUUGAAGUUGCCGUCGAGACCACGGACCCGUACAUGCAAGGCUGCGGCGUUACGUAUGCAUCGGAUGAGUUAUUCAAGCCGGAGACACCCCAACUCUACGACGGUGAUGGGCAGCCUCAGUUCGGCUGCAAGAUUGACCUUCAGGCUGCCAAGGAAGCUGCGUUCUACUGCCCGGCGCCGUACGUCCUGGACCCACCCAAAUGUUUUAGGCAAGUCUCCGUGGACGGCAUAACCAAGAAAAUAACUGCAGUCAGCAAGUCGUUGGUAACUUCAGAAUCCAACCAUUUUGCCAUCCUGCGUUUCGAACGUUGGCGAGUAGGCUCAGGAGAGACGCUUCGCCAUACACCGCCCUUGCAAUGCCGCUGCGUGACCACCAAGGGUAUCGUUCUCUCAACCAUCCAGAUCGAGAACUACUACGCCAAGUAA